CCCGGGUUCACCUCUCAUCAAUCCGGGGACAUGACCGGCACACCCGGCGCCGCUGCCUCCCGGGAUGGCGAGGCCCACGAGCGCUCCCCUCCCUGCAGUCCAAGCUACGAUCUCACGGGCAAGGUGAUGCUUCUGGGAGACUCUGGUGUCGGCAAAACCUGUUUCCUGAUCCAAUUCAAAGAUGGGGCCUUCCUGUCCGGGACCUUCAUAGCCACGGUCGGCAUAGACUUCAGGAACAAGGUGGUGACCGUGGAUGGCACCAGGGUGAAGCUGCAGAUCUGGGAUACCGCAGGCCAAGAGCGCUUCCGCAGUGUUACGCACGCCUACUACCGAGAUGCGCAGGCCUUGCUCCUGCUGUAUGACAUCACCAAUAAGUCCUCCUUCGACAACAUCAGGGCCUGGCUCACAGAAAUUCACGAGUAUGCCCAGAGGGAUGUGGUGAUCAUGCUGCUAGGCAACAAGGCAGAUGUGAGCAAUGAAAGGAUGAUACGCAUGGAGGAUGGAGAGACAUUGGCUAGGGAGUACGGGGUUCCCUUCAUGGAAACCAGUGCCAAGACAGGCAUGAACGUGGAGUUAGCCUUUCUAGCCAUUGCCAAAGAGCUGAAAUACCGCGCAGGGCGGCAGGCCAAUGAACCCAGCUUCCAGAUCCGAGACUACGUGGAGUCCCAGAGGCAGCGCCCCAGCUGCUGCUCCUUCCUGUGACUCCCAAGGGGCUGAGCAGAGGCCCUCAGGGAUGCAGCUGUCUCCCCUACACUGGCUUAUGCUGAGCAGUCCAGCCAAUGGGGAGAGAGCUGAGGCUCCAGUGCGCAGUCCCUACCCCACUUCCUGUAAUGUCUUACAGCCUAGGAGUGGGUAAAAUACUUCACAUUUUUUAUCAGAAUGACACAUAAUACCAAAAAAAAAAAAAAAAAAAAGGCCCCAGCGUGCCCAGAAAAACCUUUUCUCUUGGUGUACUUGGGACUCAGAUGUAAAAGACUGGGUCUCUCCCCAACUAGCAACAAGGCCGGUAGUGCCCAGUUCAUCACCAGAUGACAUAGAUGCUCUUCUAGGGUGUAAGGGCUGGAAGAGACCACACCCCAAGCCUCACUUCUGCAGGAGAGAGGCUGAGCAGAUCCCAAUCUUCACUUCCUCCAGCUCCCCAAGAGAGCAAUCUUCCCUAGCAAGAUGGGCCCUUGUAUUGGGAGCUAGACCAAAGCCUUAGGGAAGGUAACAGUUGUUGCCCUUGGGACAGAGAGAGGAGCACUAGAGAUUAAGAUCCUUCCUAAUUGCCCCUUUCCCCAGCACACAAGCACACAGAGGCACCUGGAAACACUGGUUCCUAUUCUCUGGACUUCCGAGCCCAGGGGAGCUCCUCACCCUAAAUCCCUACCCCUCAAUUCCUGUCUCAUCUGCCUUUGUUUAGGCCUCUAGACACCUGCAGUCAGAACUAUGAAGUUUUUUUUUUUUUCUCCCCUCCCCAAUCAAUUGGCAAGUGUGCAGCCCCAUAGCUAAUUACUUUUCCAAGAUACUAUAAUGCUCAGCUGGCUGGGUUAAGAGCCACAGUGAGAGAAACUCCUGGUUCUGGGAGCAAGGUAGGAGGCAGAGUUGAGCAAACCUCCCUGAAAGAACAUGGAAAUCCAAGUUCUCCUCCUCCCAUUCUCUCUCCCUCCCUCCUCACACCCCCCUCUCCCCCUCUGUUCUUUUGUUUGUUCCUUCCUUCUGCCAGUAGUACUAAGGCUUGACCUCAGGGCCUAUGCAUUGCCCUUUCACUUUGUUGCUCAAGACUGGCACUCUAUCCCUUAAGCCACAGCUCCACUUCUGGCUUUUUGGUAGUUAAU